AAUUGGGACAUAAAUAACUGUCCCUACUGUCUACAGAAAGUUUUUCUACUCGAUUUUUGAGCAUUACUGUAAGAACUUGAUUGCAUUCAGCGACAAGCGCUAACUGUUAUCAAAAGUAAUGGAUUGAGCAGCACCAUUCCUGAGACACAGUUCCACUGCUUCCACUGCUAUUGAAUCUUUUCCCAUAUCUCUUCAACCUUGUGUUUUUUUUUCGACUCUCUUUUUGUAUCUCCGACUACUCUCUUGCUUUGGCCUUUGUUGUUUUUUUAUAGCCUCUUUAUUGCCAACCUGUUUGGUUCUUUGACUACCCUUUUGCCUUGCCCUAUUGCUUAUUUAUAGGAUUUCCUGUGUAUGACCUCCUUGCCAGCUCACUCUUGUACGUUGUUUCUUUAUACUGCCUUUUGGUUACUGAUCCUGCCUGUCCCUGACUAUUCUUUUUAGUUCAGUCCACUAUUUAAUAAAUUGUGUUUUUUUAUGUCUAAAAAUAAAAACAUUUCCUAUUACCUAAUAGAAAUAAAGAUCUAUGGUUUAUUUAGAUUUAGUCUCAUUGUGCAAAAAAAUGCAACGCCUUAUCAUUAACCAAGUGGAUUUUAAGGGCCUCUACAGGUCUAGAAAUUACUAAGUUGGUUAGGCCCACAUUAUCUCCCAAUACAUCUGUAAUUUUAUUAACUUUUUAUUUUACUUGACUUGUGUUCAUCACUUUCAUAUUAAUAAAAUGACUACCUUUGUCUAUUUGCCUGCACUUCUUAUGCAGACACUUGUAUAUUUGUUUAGCCUUUUAACUUCUCUGCUCACAGGUGGAGCCGGCAUGUGCCAGCAGAGGUUGCCCAUGGAUAUGCUACAGUUAAAGAGGAAAAACGUCUGCCAGUUGGCCACCGCUGCAAAGCAUCGUGGGAUGGCUUUGUGCUUCAUGUCUCUUGGCAUAUUAACGGAGCGUGGGGUGUGGAGGACGUCCUUCUGGGCCACGAAGAAUCUGUCAGCGGAUUGUGCGUGUGAGUGACACCAAUCACGAUGGCCAACUGGACUUUCAGGAGUUUACUCAGUAUCUGCGCACCCACGAGAAAGAGCUGAAACUCAUGUUCCGCAGCCUGGACCGCAACAACGACGGUCAGAUUGAUGUAGGGGAGAUCCAGCAAUCUCUGCACAGUCUGGGUGUGGAGGUGUCCACUGAGCAGGCCUACAGGAUACUGCGCAGUAUGGACAGAGACGGUACCAUGACCAUCGAUUGGAACGAGUGGCGAGAUCACUUCCUGUUCAAUCCAUUCCGCAACAUGGAGGACAUUGCCCAUUACUGGAAACAUUCACUGAUGCUUGAUAUUGGAGAGCACCUGACCGUGCCGGAUGAGUUUUCUGAGCGGGAGCGGAGGGCAGGACUGGUCUGGAGGCAGCUGGUUGCUGGAGCGAUGGCUGGAGCUGUAUCAAGGACAGGAACAGCCCCACUGGACAGACUUAAGGUUUUUCUUCAGGUUCAUGGCUCUGGAGGGGGUGGCCUGUGGAGUGGACUGCGAGGGAUGGUGCAGGAGGGUGGGCUCAGGUCGUUAUGGAGGGGAAAUGGCAUCAAUGUUCUGAAAAUUGCUCCUGAGUCUGCUAUCAAAUUCAUGGCUUAUGAACAGAUAAAGUGGCUGAUUCGUGGCUGUAAAGAUGGCGGCAGUUUAAGGGUGCAGGAGAGGUUUGUUGCUGGAUCACUUGCUGGAGCCACUGCUCAAACCAUCAUCUAUCCAAUGGAGGUUCUAAAGACUCGCCUCACUCUGAGGAAGACAGGUCAGUACUCAGGGAUGAUGGACUGUGCACAACAGAUUCUGAGGAAAGAGGGCAUUCGGGCAUUCUACAGGGGAUAUGUGCCAAAUACCCUCGGCAUCAUCCCAUAUGCUGGCAUCGACCUGGCAGUCUACGAGACUCUGAAGAAUGCGUGGCUGCAGCGAUACUGCAUGGGAUCUGCAGAUCCCGGUGUUUUGGUGCUUCUCGGCUGUGGGACUGUGUCCAGCACCUGCGGACAGUUAGCCAGUUACCCUCUAGCUCUCAUCCGCACACGAAUGCAGGCCCAGGCCUCAACAGAAGGAGCCCCCAAGUUGACCAUGGUGGGUCAAUUUAAGCAUAUCGUGUCCCAUGAGGGAGUCCCAGGCCUUUACCGGGGCAUCGCCCCCAACUUUCUCAAAGUCAUUCCUGCUGUUAGCAUCUCUUAUGUGGUCUAUGAACAUAUGAAGAAAGCUCUGGGAGUGGGUUCGUAGAGCCAGUCAGCAUGCAGUGACCGUGGAACAAAAGCGGAGAAAAAAUGGGACAGGCUUUAAAUGCCUUUUCACAGACGAGUGAACCAAGGAGGUCGGCUAGAGCCAUAUGGAGAAUACACAUUGCAGCUCUAGGCAAUGAAGAAACGGGAGAAAUGACUGAAGCAUGAAAACACACUGGAGAUUUUAUACAAACCUGGCUAUUUUUAUUCUGAUCAGAUCGAGAGGUGGUGGUAUGAUGUUUUAACCUCAUUUUAACAUGCUUACUAAGUUACGCUGUCUCUAAAAGCUGGCCUUAACAAAUAAAAAAAGCUGUCAUUGUAAAAUGCCAAUAAUCUGAAAUCCAAUCUCAAUUCAAAGUAAGGCACUAAUGGAUUACUUUCCAGUCUAAAUAAACAACGCAAAUCAAUUUUUAACACUAAAUAAGCAGUUACUAAUCUAAAUUCUAAAAUCUUAUUUGAGUUUUAUUUUGAACCUAAACUAAGAGAGUUAAUUAUUUGAAUUCUGGUCUGAAUCUAAAAUAAUCUGUUAAUGUGUUAAUUUAAAUUACUCUGUUGAUCGUUUGAAUUUAAAAUAAUAUAUUAAGAAUUUAAAUUCCAGUGUAAAUGUCUGAAUCUGAAAUUAGCUGUGAACGACCUGAAUCCUUGUUUAACUCUACAGCCGAGCUGAAGACGCACUGUGAAUACAGAUUUUUUGCAGUAUUAUCAGUGCCUCCUUUUCACACAGUUGAUUUAACCAUUGAGGCUGUUAGGGUUAAUACAUUAUAAACACUUCAGGUCAGUUUCCCGGACAGGGAUUAAGCCAUGGUUUAGACUGUAUUUCUUUUCAAAGGAAAAUCUUCAUUUUAAAUGCUGUGUGGUUGAAGGCAAGGCUUAAUCUCUGUGUGGGAAAAUGCCUAUUUAUCUUACAGUGUAGAUGCUGGCAUCUACACCAGUAUGGGGACCGCACAGAGACAUUAGGAACAUAUUCCUUUUUUCCUUUUAGUUGGCAGCUAGAUGAUAAUAACCAGGGUGUAUUUAACAUGUAUUUACUAAUUGUAUAUUUAUAUAUUUACUAAAACUGCUGACUACUGACUUGACUUGUAUUAACAAGUUCAGAGGAAUAUUUUUAUAAGUCUCAAUGUGAGUUUUAAAGAUAUUUAUAGAAUAAGUGUGUAAAUAAACCAAUUUGAAUGUCUGAUGGUUUUGCACUUUAGAGGUACUGUACAGUAUUUAGCUUUAAACUGUCAUUGCCUUGAGCCGCUAACUAAUGCAGUAAGUGAGUAGGGGGUUUUAUAGAGGGAAUAAUUAUUGAUAUUUGCACUGGAUUGUGUGUAUAAUAAUGCAGAUGCUCAUUAUGGUGAAUGCUGAGCAUGUAAAUGGUAGUCAGUGUUUCAGUGUAGUUGAUGUUGGACCUGCAGGAGGUGCUUAAUUUUUAAUGAAGUUUUAUCCCAAUUUUACAAACUGUGUUUAAUACUAAGUUAACGUUCCAUACUAUAACACAUGCUCAGUUGAGUUUAUUCAGAUUAUGGAAUAAUUGCCUUUUUCAGUUUUGUUUUAUUUGUAUGCUCUUAUAUUGUAACAUUUAUUGUCUCAAGGCAGCUUUUUAAUAUUGCAGGUGCAGCACUGGGAAAUCAUAUUAUGAUUUAGUUACAUUUACUAGCAAGCUUAUAUACUAGGAAUGCUCUGAAUAUAAUGCGACACAAUUAUUCAGCCAAAAGUGGCAACAUUUCUAAUUUUAAGUUGUUUAAUUUUUUUUUUUUUAAGGAGGAUGUACAUUUAUUUAGGCUAUGUAACGCAUGUGGCAAAAUGAAUGAAAACUUGUUUUUGUGUUUGAUAUUCAAUAGGCAUCUUAAUGUUUUAUUUGGUUCAGUUUGGCCAAAAAUAUUUUUUUUCGGUGCAUCCCUUGUAAAUACAGGGAAUACCUUUGUUUUCCUAUUUUAAUUUAAUUAUAAUACAUAAUAUAUAAUUACUAUUAUGCAAAAUGUCAUGUCUCCAUACUGUGCAUACUAGAUGCUAUUAAUAUACUAAAUAUAUUGUACAUAUGCCCAUUUAUAAGGUGCAUAUACUAAAACAGCUUUUAGAGCUCUGCAGUGUGGGUUUAUGGACUUA